UCUCAGACCCCACAGAGCAAGUGAACUCCGUUCUUGGCUCAGCGUCCCAGAGACUGCAGAUGUGGCUCACUUUGCCCACGUGUGAACUUCAGCCAAGACACCACGACAGGAGCUCUGCCCUCUGAGUCUCCUCUGAUGCCUCAAUCCUGUCCUGGUCAUACCCCACUGGGUUUUGUGAGGCUAUUUAGCAAGAUAAGUUUACCUCACUGAAGAAAAGGGAAACAGCAUGAAAGAUAACAAUGGCCCCAAAGGAGGAAUUUGUGAUUGACAUGAAUGGCGAUGUUCCCUUAGGAGCAUCAUGUAUCAUCAAAGAAGCAAGCCCCCAGGUCAUUUAUUUCUCCACCUAUUUUCAAGCUAUGGAAAGAAGACGUGUUUAAGUUUCCUGUAGUUUCACGCUGGAAGUUGAUGCUCCGAGAAAGGAAGCCGUAUGUUCUAGCCGUUUUUCUGGAAUUCAUACCUUAGGAGUCUGGCGCUAUCUCCUAAAUGGUAUUUUUGUUGUCUUUUUGUUCAAGACAGCAAGCUUCUUCCAGGAUCAGAACCUCCUGCCAACCUCCCUUGAUAAACAUCCCACCAGCUUUCUCGGUAGAUCAGAUGUUUAAUAGUUAGCUUAAUCAUUGUUUAUCUAAGUAGCAAUUAUGACUGCGAUGAAAUAAUAUUUCAAUUGCAGGGGAAGCAUUACAGAGAGCUCCUGAGUAGAAUCUACAGGCUGGGAAUGGCCGACAGGGCUUCCCAUACCAAGAGGAGAGGACCACUCCAUCCUGGCUGGCAGUUCUCCGUGUCUGAGAUGCCAUCAUUAGAUGCUGCUCCAAAGACCUAAGGGAGAUGUGCCCAGGAGAAGCGUAUGGUCCCAAUCCUUUCCACUGAGGCUCAAUGGCCCAGCAAAAUAUGAAAGUGAGGCCUGUGCUUCUAAAGCGUAACAGUCUAGAGUCGGUGGAGCUCGUGAAACAACCUCACCACCGCAGGAGCAAAUCCCAGCAGGUGAGAUUCAAGGAAGAUGGGAACACUAAGAACCCAAGUGGCCUAGCUGAGGUGGAUGUCCGAACUCCUGAAGAGCCAGUUGUGAUGAAGAAGAUCCCAGCACCCAGGCAUCAUCACCCUCCCACCUAUUCACUCUCUUUCCCCAGGUCCCAAAAGGCAGGGGGCUUUCAAAACAUUGCGAUCCAAACCUCCCCCAGUCUCAGGAAGCAUUUCCCGGUUUUCAAAAGGAAGAAGCUCACAGCCAGCAAGUCCCUGGUGGAAAUGCCAACAGCACCUCAAAGUGCCAUCCAGGUCAACGGCAACCUCUCUGAACAGGACAUUGUGUCUUCUGACCUUGCCUAUGUAAGGCUGGCUCAGCAUCUUGAGGAUGGGCCUCGAAGGGUCAAAGUGUCCCACCCGUUUCUCCCUACGGUGUCCAAGGUGCAAAGCAAUGGGCCUGUUAGCAUAUGCUUGGAAGCAGGGACUUGGAGAGCCUCAGAGAAAGCAACAGCUGCCAUUCAGGUCCCAGAUGAUAUUUAUCACAGUCCUUCCCAGGAAGCUAGAGAGUCCACUUUCAGCCCAGACAGGUCAGCUGAAAAAACCAACUCUGCACACCCUUUGGUUGACAUGUGUCCAGAUAAUGGGAGAAGGGUGACACCAUCAGAUUCAGAAAGAUCCCCAUCCUGCUUAAAUGCCACCAGCGGUGCCAACCACAUGCCAGGCACAGAGAAACUUAAACCCGAAUUGCUUGUUCCCAAAGACAUCUCUGAUGACAAAGACCCUGGCCCACUGUUAUCUCAGUCAAAGGAAAUGUGUGUCCCCUCACCUUCACGGACUCACAGCUUGCCCUUGCCAGGUUCCCACAGCCAGCCAGCCCAUCCAGGAAGAGCCCCAGACUGUCCUUCAUUGAGUAACAAUCAGCAGGAUCUCGUGUCACUCAAAACUAACAGUGCAUCAAAAUCUGCCCCCACGUGUCAGGAGCAGAUGGCAAAGAACCCUACCCAGUCAGACGCCUGGGAGUUUCAAAACUGUCCAGGAAGUGAUCACCUCCCAUCCCCUCUUCCAAGGAGUGAGAACAAACUUCAGAGCAACAGGGAGAUUAGUGGCAUUAAUCAAAUUCACCUGGCACGGGGUGAACUCUGCGACCUCCAAGGCCGGCUGCAAUCUGUGGAGGAAUCUCUACACUCGAAUCAAGAGAAAAUUAAAGUCCUUUUGAAUGUAAUUCAAGACUUGGAGAAAGCUCGAGCUCUCACGGAGGGGCGCAACUUUUAUCGAACUGGCCAAGAUCUCAACAAUUGCAGCACCUGCCAGAACACAGCGUGCAUCAUAUACAGUGUAGAGUAUGAUUUUCGGCAGCAGGAAGGCAGAUUCCACGAAGUUCUGCAGAGUUUGGAGGAAGCAGAACCAGUUGAGGAGGCAUCUCCGCCACCAAAGUCCCCAGCAGAGCCCCCAGCCCCUGAGAAACAGGACUUAAGGCGGAAAACCAAGAAGGUGAAAAAGAAAUGCUUCUGGUGGAUCUGAGCCCAUGGGACCAUCUCCUCCACCCUCCCCACGUGCCUCCCUGAGAUGGGGGAACCACUGCCCGCAAGGCCUUCACUGCUCUUUUGCAAUGGCCCCAGGCUGUCAACAGGAGAGCCUAGGGGCUAGUUUAGCUGCCACUGGACACCUGAUCAUCAACCUUACCUGAGUGUGUGCCACUGCUUGCUAAGGACUUCAUGGACACUAGAGUGACCACUUGCCGAGUUCCCUGUCACACAUGGCCAGGCCUCAUCCUGGUUUGCGAGUCCAAAUUCCUACCAUGAGCAAAACCCCUACUAUACUUUCCAGCACCUCCCUGAUGCUAAGCACAUCUUUCCCAUCCUGGGUUCAUCAACCCAAAAGAAAAAAUAAAAGCGUUGUGCAGAGUAGAAAGACAGAGGAGGCUUAUAAGCAGAUACCCCAGAAAAAGAUUGGAUAAAUAAACUGGCAGUUUUCUAAGAUAUCAGCAUACAUAAGCACAACAGAAGUGGACAGGGUAUGAAAAUGCGAGAUCACCCUGGUGCAUUGGG